AUGGCUACUGCUUCAGCUCCUGCGACAUCGCUGCUUUCUUUACUCUACCGAUCCUAUCCCCGUGUUGUUCCCUUCAAUUCGACAGAGCCCGAAUUGACAACUUUAUCCCCAAAGAUCUUUCCAACGGCGGCAUAUACCGAUGCUGAAAAUGCGGAAAUUAACUCCUGGCUAUCUAAAACAUCAGAGUUGGCACAGGCCUUGAAAAAGGGAGAGACUGAGAGCGCUUCAUCGUUAAUGGAUGAUGUGAAUAAACACCUUGCUACUCGUACUACGAUUCUUGGAGCAAAGCCGUCUAUUGUAGAUAUCGCGCUGUAUGCCCUCAUUGCCCCCGAAGUCGAAAAGUGGUCUCCAGAGCAACGAACCGGGGAGAACGGGCGUCAUCAUAUUGUACGACACGUCGAUUUUGUUCAAAAUGCUGCUCUCUUAAACCUGCAAAUACCGGAGGAAGAAAAAAUUGCAAUUGAUGUUAACGACGUCAGAGCUCCACCAAAAGCUAUUACGCCUGCAAAAGAUGAGGGAAACAAGAAGAAAAAGGAAAAGAAAAAUACCGGGCAGGGCGGCGAGAAGAAUAUGGUCGUUGGCCGGGGGAAGAAUGCAAAUACACCUCCUGAAGACCAGUCGUUGGUAGAUAAGAACACAGCACAAGAUAUUUCUGCCACUGGAACGGUGGCUGGCGCCGCCGCAGCGGUUGCACCCAAGAAAGAGAAAAAGGAGAAGAAGCCAAAACCACAAAAGGCACCUGCUGCACCUGCUGCACCUCCAUCUCCCUCCCUUAUCGACCUCCGAGUCGGACACAUCCUCCGCGCAAUCAACCAUCCAAAUGCAGAUUCUCUCUAUGUAUCCACAAUCGCUUGCGGCGAUGCUCCAGGCUCUGAUAACACCAGCCAGGACGAAGCCACCGGCCUCACUGUACGGACUGUCUGCUCUGGGUUGAACGGACUGGUGCCGCUGGAGGAAAUGCAAGGGCGUAAAGUCGUGACUGUCUGCAACCUCAAGCCCGUCACAAUGCGUGGGAUCAAAUCCGCCGCCAUGGUUCUGGCCGCAUCACCCAAGGAUGACGAUUCACACGCAGGUCCAGUAGAGUUGGUCAGCCCUCCCGCAGGCGCCGAGGCGGGUGAGCGUGUUUUCUUUGACGGCUGGGGCGAUGGCGAGCCGGAGAAGGUCUUGAACCCAAAGAAAAAGAUAUGGGAGACGUUCCAGCCCGGCUUCACGACAUCAGAUUCCCUGGAGGUCGUCUUUGAUAGCAGUGCGGUUCCGCAGCUCAGCAAAGAGGGCGAGGGUAGCGAGGCUUCCUCCGCGUCCCCGAUCGGGAAAUUGGUGACCCAAUCCGGAGGCGUUUGCACAGUAAAGAGCUUGAAGGGCGCCACGGUCCGAUAA